CCGCAGCCCCCAGCCCGCGGCAAGCCGGGCUGGCUCAUGGUCCCCGAAGCAGCGGGCCAGACGGAGGCUCCUGUGGCCGCCGGGCCCACGGGGAUGCCCCGCGGGUGAGGCAGCCCCCAGCUUCCAGCCGCGUUCAUGGCGGUGGCCAGGAAGAUCAAAACUUUGCUGACGGUCAACAUCCUGGUGUUCGUGGGCAUCAUCCUCUUCUCGGUGUACUGCCGCCUGCAGGACCGCUCAGAGGGGCCGGUGCAGAUCGUGCGCAGCGCCGACCGCCGGGUGCGCAGCCGGCACGCCACGGUGGGCGCGCUGGCGGAGCGCGAGGCCAUCCUGCAACGCCUCGACCACCUGGAGGAGGUGGUCUACACCCAGCUGAACGGGCUCGCCAAGCCCAUUGGUCUGGUGGAGGGGCCGGGCGGCCUGGGCCAGGGUGGCAUGGCGGCCACACUGCGUGACGACAGCCAGGAGACAGAGGGCAAGUUCGAGGAAUACGGGUACAACGCACAGCUCAGCGACCGCAUCUCCCUGGACAGGACCAUCCCUGACUACAGGCCCAAAAAGUGCAGACAGAUGACCUACUCGGACGACCUGCCCCAGAUCUCCGUGGUGUUCAUCUUUGUCAACGAAGCCCUCUCGGUCAUCCUGCGCUCCGUCCACAGCGUGGUCAACCACACGCCCUCCCAGCUCCUCAGGGAGGUCAUCCUGGUGGACGACAACAGCGAUAACGUGGAACUCAAGCUCAACCUGGACCAGUACGUCAGCAAGAGGUACCCUGGCCUUGUGAAAAUUGUCCGAAACAGCAGGAGAGAAGGCCUGAUCCGGGCUCGGCUGCAGGGCUGGAAGGUCGCCACGGCCCCUGUCGUGGGCUUCUUUGACGCCCACGUGGAGUUCAGCAUGGGCUGGGCCGAGCCCGCCCUCUCGCGGAUCCGGGAGGAUCGCCGGCGCAUCGUCCUGCCGGCCAUCGACAACAUCAAGUACGACACAUUUGAGGUGCAGCAGUACGCCAGUGCGGCCCACGGCUACAACUGGGGCCUCUGGUGCAUGUACAUUAUCCCGCCCCAGGACUGGCUGGACCGUGGUGACGAGGCAGCGCCCAUCAGAACCCCGGCCAUGAUCGGCUGCUCCUUUGUGGUGGACCGGGAGUACUUUGGGGACAUCGGCCUGCUGGACCCGGGCAUGGAGGUGUACGGUGGGGAGAACAUCGAGCUGGGCAUGAGGGUGUGGCAGUGCGGCGGCAGCAUGGAGGUUCUGCCCUGCUCCCGCGUGGCCCACAUCGAGCGCACCAGGAAGCCCUACAACAACGACAUUGACUACUACGCGAAGCGCAACGCCCUGCGGGCGGCCGAGGUGUGGAUGGACAGCUUCAAGUCCCACGUGUACAUGGCCUGGAACAUCCCCAUGAGCAACCCCGGCGUGGACUUUGGGGAUGUGUCCGAGCGGCUGGCCCUGCGCCAGAGGCUGAAGUGCCACAGCUUCAAGUGGUACCUGGACAACGUGUACCCGGAGAUGAGGACCUACAACGACACGCUCACGUACGGAGAGGUGAGAAACAGCAAAGCCAGCGGCUACUGCUUGGACCAGGGGGCAGAAGACGAUGACCGUGCCAUCCUGUACCCCUGCCAUGGGAUGUCCUCCCAGCUGGUGCGGUACAGCGCCGAGGGCCUGCUGCAGCUGGGCCCCCUGGGCUCCACCGCCUUCCUGCCCGACUCCAAGUGCCUGGUGGAUGACGGCAGGGGCCGCACACCCGCCCUGAGGAAGUGUGAGGACGUGGCCCGGCCAGCACAGCGGCUGUGGGACUUCACCCAGGGCGGUCCCAUCGUGAGCAGAGACACGGGCCGGUGCCUGGAGGUGGAGAUGUCCAAGGACGCCAACUUCGGGCUCCGGCUGGUGGUACAGAGGUGCUCGGGGCAGAAGUGGACCAUCAGAAACUGGAUCAAGCCAGGGCGGCACUGACCCC